AUGACCAACAUGACCAACAUGGGUUAUUUCCGGGGUUCCAGGGGAUCAGCGACGAAAUCCGAGAGCAAUGCCCUCUAUUCCGAGACCGAGACUGAGCCCGUGAGAAGAUGGCGGAAAAGAGCAAAGACGGCUCACGUCCUCCAGCCAGAGUGGGGUCAGCCCGCCCGGAAACCGUACCACGAAUAUGUCCACCAACUCCUCGGGGCAGGAUGGGCUAAUUUGCAGGAUCUGGACGAGUACAUGAGCGAUAGACCAGCGCCUACUGAACCAUUUGUCGUGUCGGUCUUGGAUAUCUUAGACGAUUUCAAGCUAAAGCAAUGGCCGGAUCUCAACAACGAACAUGAUCUGAGCAGCUUCACGAAGGAUCAGAGUCGGGAGGGCGUCAACGUGCGACUCUACAUGGCAGAGUACAGCAGUCGCCCUUCUGCGGGCAUGAUAGAGGCUUUUGGGAGCUCUUUCGGGCUGGAUCCCCGGUUCUUUAACUGGGCCAUCGAUAGCAAGAAUCAUGUUUUCACGCCUGCGCAACGACAUCGAGCACCUUACAUCCGUAUCGGCUUUGGUGUCUUGGACCGAAUGACACAUUCUAAGACCGACACAGAGAGGUUCAAAGUUUUGGUCUACAUUCAGCCCGACGAACAAGGUACUGGAUGGACUGGCAUCAUCUUCUUCAGCUCGCAUACGAAAAUCGCCCUCUCCCCCCGCAUCGUCACUGAUCCGCCAGCAUUUCAAUCCGCACUCCCCUCGCCCAGGAUACUCGAGCCCAAAUCCUUCCGCGAGCUGUAUCUCGAAUCCUUCGAAUUCGUCAACCUCGAAAAGGCAGCGUCCUCUCCAUUUUACACUAUUGCUAAUCUUCUUUAUCUUAAUUGCUUCUGCUGGAGUGAGGUUAUUACCACUAUCCGAGAAGAGGAUCAGCGCAUUAACGGUAUUUCCGACACAUCGGUUGAACAUACGGAAGAGAUCAAAAAGUCGUUAGCGAUGGUUCAGAGGGGCGGGAGCCUAGGGUGGAGGGGCCAGGACGAGGCGCACACGGCUGAUAUCAGACAAAGACUAGAGGAGGACUUCAAGCAUCUUGUUAAUCAAACCGAUCUGCUAUGGUCGGCUCGGCAUAAGAUGGCAGCGAUCUCUCAGCACAAGUCGGAGUCAAGAUGGACCAGUCUCACUAAUGCUUUUACAUACUUAUUUGCACCUAUCACUAUCAUGUCUGGAGUUUACGGAAUGAACGUCUCUGAAAUCUCUGGCAGCGAUUCGAACCCGAACAUAUGGCAGUUCUUCGUGGCGGUUGUAGCUAUGAAUGUUGUCGUUCUCUUGUCCUUGGCAAUUUCGAACUGGGUGCAUACGAUGCGCAAGCACGGAAGAAAGGCUGGCGUGAGAGAAAUCCUCGGGUUUGCAGUGGGCCGAAUCAGCACGAAGUAACGCAUAAUGAUUAACGAUAUCCACACGGUUGGCGAUAGGGAUUUGAUAUUGUCUAAGGUAUAUAAUCUAUACGAAACUUUGGAAACCAGAAUAUAGC